AUGUGCAAACCGCAGCCAGAAGUGCCGAAUGUAAAUAUUGCAAAGCGACUUGGUCAGCAGGGAAUGCUUCGGGCUUCGCACCGUGUUAGCCUUCGGCCGCGCCGUGACGAAGAUGAGAUUCCCAACUAUGACCAUCGAAGUCGUGAACCUAUAACCCCCGGAUCUGUUGUACCCCUAUUAAUUCCCAUAUGGCCCGUGGGUGUGGUAUUUGAGGCUGGCGAAGGGCUCGUACUUCGAGUUUCUGGUCAUGAUAUGUCACUUCCAGAAGUGGAAUCAAUGAAGUUAACAACACCCGUUGAUGAGCAUGAGGGAGAUCAUGUUGUUUACAGCGGGGGUGAUCAUCAGAGCUUUCUUGUGUUGCCAAUUAUAUCCGAUUGA